CCUCCCUUCCCUUUAUCUGCGAUGCCCUCGUCCUUUCCCUCUCAUAAAACCCACUUUUCAUUCGCCCAAAAAAGAAAAUAAAAAAAAGAAAAAACAAAGAGAAGGUUUUUUCAGUCUUUGCAUUGCAAGUGAAAAGAGUUAUAAAAGGUUGGGAAAAUCCCACAGCUUUUACUCCCUUGUCUCCCACGACGACAAUGUCAUAAACAAAAGGAGCUUCAUCACUUCACUUGUGUUCUGUCUUGAGCUUCUUCUUCUUCUUCUUCUUCUUCUGUUCUGAAAAUGAUAACAGCCUUGGACCUCUACCACGUGCUGACCGCCGUGGUACCACUCUACGUGGCCAUGAUCCUGGCCUACGGCUCCGUCAAGUGGUGGAAGAUCUUCACGCCGGACCAAUGCUCCGGCAUAAACCGCUUCGUGGCGCUCUUCGCCGUCCCCCUGCUCUCCUUCCACUUCAUCGCGGCGAACAACCCCUACGCCAUGAACUACAAGUUCAUAGCGGCGGAUUCGCUGCAGAAAGCCAUCGUCCUGGGCGUGCUCUUCCUCUGGUCGAGGACCAGCUCGAGAGGGUCCCUGGAGUGGUCCAUCACGCUCUUCUCCCUCUCCACGCUCCCCAACACGCUCGUCAUGGGAAUCCCCUUGCUCAAGGGCAUGUACGGCGACGCCUCGGGGACCCUCAUGGUUCAGAUAGUGGUGCUCCAGUGCAUCAUAUGGUACACCCUCAUGCUCUUUCUGUUCGAGUACCGAGGGGCCAGGCUUCUUAUCGUGGAGCAGUUUCCCGACACCGCUGGCUCCAUUAUUUCCUUCAAGGUCGACUCUGAUGUUAUCAGUUUGGAUGGGAAGGAGCCGCUUCAGACUGAGGCUGAGGUUGGUGACGAUGGCAAGUUGCAUGUCACCGUUCGAAAGUCCACCAGCUCCAGGUCUGACAUUUUCUCUCGCCGCUCCCAUGGCCCCAACUCGCUUUCGCUCACGCCACGCCCUUCCAAUUUGACCAAUGCCGAGAUUUACUCGCUCCAGAGUUCCCGGAAUCCCACGCCGCGAGGCUCCAGUUUUAACCACACCGAUUUUUAUUCCAUGGUCAAUGGAGGGAGGAAUGUGAGCCCCAGGCAGAGUAAUUAUGGGUUUGAUGAGGAGAGUGGAGGGAGGGGUAAUGGCUACCCUGCUCCUGCCAAUGCUCCUGGAGGGAAAGUUGAAUUUUGA